GGAGCUUCGUUUCUCUUCAAUCCGAUCACAACAAGCAUUUUUUCACAGAGAGAAAAGAAAAGAAAACCAGAGAGAGACAAUGGCAGGAAUCGUGCACAAGAUUGGAGAGACCCUCAACCCAGGAGGCAACAAGAAAGAAGACCAGCAGCACCAGGGACAGCAGCACAGGGCCGGAGAUCAGUACAAUACCGGAGAUCAGUACCGUGGCGAGAACAGGGCUGGAGAUCAGUACAAGACCGGAGAUCAGUACCGUGGCGAGAACAGGGCCGGAGAUCAGUACCGUGGCGAGCAAAAGGCCGGAGAUCAGUACAGGCCUGAGCACCAGGGCGAGCGCAAGGAAGGGUUUGGAGAGAAGAUCAAGGACAAGCUCCAUGGCGGCGGCGAGGGCCAGGACGGAAAGAAGAAGAAGGAGAGGAAGAAACAUGGUGAAGGCCACGACGGCAGUAGCAGCGACAGCGACUAGAUGUCACAACUUGAAACAUCAUGCCUAGGUGGUGUACGUGGUCACUGAAGGAGUGAGAUCCUUCUCGAUGGAAAUAUAUAAAAUAAAAUCUUUGUAUCAUUUUCCUCUUACUAUUUAUAGUAUGAGUGUUCUUACCUAGCCUAGGCAAGCUCUGGAUGUAACACCCACUUUUUAUGAUGUAAUAAUAAUAUAAUAAUAUGUUUCUGUUUUAUUUA